UUGCAAGUUCGCAUUUGGCAGACUAAAAUCCUAUGAUUAGGUUCUUAAUUGGCUCUGGUUGUGUGUUUCCGAAUCAACGUGUUUUUUAUAGGUAGUCGAAAAAUCAUGAAUUUCGUCGUUUUUAUUUCGCUUUUAUCGACGAUAGUUUUUUCAACGGUUGUAUUAGGCUUUGGUAUUCAUGAUGGCGUUUAUGAACCCUUUGAUCGUAAUUCAACGCUACUUCAGCUAUUGGCAAAAAGAGCGUUGAAUAAAUCUGAUUCCGAUUCUGGUGCUGACUGUACGCGUAAAGUGAAUCAAGUGAUCAGUGCUAAACGAUCAGUAUCAACAGAUAUUGCGAGUGCAGCUAAAUGGAGAUUUGAUUUGGAACUGGAAAUAUGCCCGGGUACUUGUGCCAGCGGUGUGAAUAAUACGACUGAUGGCUGCAAGAUCUGUAAUACAGACCUGACGUAUUUUCCUGUGAAAGAUGAUUUCACUCUGAAGUCAAUCAAAUGCCCGUCAUAAUUUGGUAGAAAUCCGUUGAAUUUGGGUGUCGAACUUACUGUACUUUAUCAUUUUCUACCAUGCAGUAAUUAGGAAAUAUGUAUGAUCAAAAUAUAUUCGUAUAUUAGGUAAAAGUAUAGGUGAUGUAAUUUACGUAUCUACGUUUGUUAUAAUGUACCUAACUAUAAAUGAGCAUAAUAAACUUUGAAUGAACUGUUUGAUAUUUGUUGACCCUUGUGGGUUUAAUUUGUUUGCAUCCUACAUGUUUAUUCUGAUAGAGAUGAGUUAUCGGGUGUGUAAAUAGAAGAAUUUUCCAGUUUGACGAGAAUUUAUCGGGAAUUAAAUUGGCAAGAAUUCGGAGUUCACUCGUUGCAUUAUUCAUCGAAUUCCUCUCCUCUUUCCUCUCAUUCUCCUCAUGUUAUAUUGAUUUGUUGUCCUACUAAGUAUGAGUACUUAUAAUAUCGUAUCGCUGCUGCUUGAUUCGUCAUUGCCUGUUCGUGUUUUGUGAAGCAUACCCGUACGAUUAAUCGGUUCUGUUUGUACCUACCUACCUACUUUAUACUUAUUCGCGAGUUGACGUGUUUUUCUACUAAAAUCCAGUAACCAUGAAUUUCGUCGUUUUUAUUUCGGUGUCGUUGAUAUUUUCAACAAUUGUAUUAGCCUUACCUCAGACGGGGGCGCCUGGCAGUUUUAGUACCAUCGACCAUAACACACCGGAGAUUAAUAAACUGGCGAAUCAAGCAUUGGAUCAUUUCGUUUCCACCUCCGGUUCUGACAAUUCCAGCUGUAAACAAAAAAUAAAUAAAAUUCUGAGCGCAAAAUCGCAAACUGUGGCUGGAAGAAAUGUUGAUAUUCAGAUGGAAAUAUGCCCAGAUAAUUGUGGCGCAAAUGCGAGCAAAUGCAAAAUUUGUGAUACUAGGAUUUGGGAAAAAUCUUGGGAAAACUUCUCUCAAGUCACUAAAUUUGAGUGCCAACAAUAAUUUGAGAUCAUUGACCAAGGGCAUCGGACAACCUUUUAUCAUUUUUAAUCGAUAAUUAGGCUGCGCAGUAUCCAACUGUCAAUGUACAUAGCUGUAGAUGAAAAAUAUAAUUCAAGUCAGGCCAAGCAGUACAUUAUUUCUGAUAUCAUAUUAAUUUAUUUAAUUAAGUAACAAACAUGAUUAUGAAAAUGCAUUAUAAAUUACUCGUAUUCCCAAAGUUACUGAUCAUUGGAUCACAGUAAAUUUUCAAUACCUAUCCACACCUUUGUUCACUGUUCGAAUCAUUUGUAUAUUUGUAUCCAAUUUUUGAUAUCUGUCUGCCCCUGACUUCCUACAGGUGGCUUCUGCGUAUUUUCAAAUAAAAAAUUGCUGUUUUAAUCUA